CUCCCCCAUAUAUACCCACCCUCCCGCAUCGCACCGCUGCACCAAACUCACCCACUUUCCUUCCUCCCGCCAAGAGCAGCAGCGAACGCAACCUGUGAGCUCUAGCUCUGAAGCUCAAGCUCGAGCUUGCUAGCAGAGCCACGUAGCAAUACCAUGGCGGCAUCGGUGGCCUGCGCCUUCUUCUUCGACGCCGAGCCGGCCGGCGAGCCCGGCAAGCACGCGCUGGACGCGUGCGCGCUCUGCGCCAAGCGGCUGGCGCGCGACAGCGACGUCUUCAUGUACCGAGGGGACACGCCCUUCUGCAGCGAGGAGUGCCGCCACGAGCAGAUGCACCUCGACGCCGUCUCCGCCAGGCAGGCCGCGCGGAGGCUGCAGCGCUUCUCGCCGGAGACGGAGUCCCAGUCCCACCGUGGGCAGCGGCCGUCCAGGAAGGUGUCCAUCGCCAGCUAGCCGCGGAAAGUUUUGUUUGGAUCUACAAUAUCUGUAUUCUGAAGAAAACAACAUCUGUAUUCUGAAGAACCAUCGUUGUUGUUUUGGAAGGCAGUGCAGGGCACGGCAGCAUCAGGUGGCAGGUGCCUGCAGCUUCCCGUAUGUGUCCAUGGCAAGCUAAUUAAGCUGGCCGGGUGCCUGAAGAUUCUUGGUUGAUCUGUGCUGUGCCGUUGAUUUGAUUUUGUUGGAAAGAAAAUAGAAAAGGCCAUGGAUCUGAAGGAGGCAAUCAAACAUGAUUCACAAUUUGUUCAACUUCAGUGUGGGCCACCCGUGUGCGCCGUCUCUUAUUUCGUUUCCCUCAAUGAUUGGAUCCUGUUUGGUUUUUGGUACGACAUGCUAGGGACACUCUGCAACAGCACUGCACUGUUAAAAUGGAAUUGAUACAAAACUAGGAUAUAAAUUAUCAUGUUUCCCUGAA